AUGGAUUUCUUGGAUUCGCUUCCAGAUGAUAGGCGAGAAGCCCUUCUCAACUUUCAGUCUAUCACGGGCAUGGACGACCUAGAUAAUAUAUUCAAAAUACUCGAUUCCCAUGCUUGGAACCUUGAGGCCGCUAUACAGUCCGUAUUCGAAGAGCCUCGGUCUUCUCAGAGUACACGAGAUCCAUUGGAUGUGCCGGAGAAUGGUCAACCGUCAUCGUCUUCUGCCUCAUCGUCAAGAGUUGCUGCUAGUCGAGCACCCCCUGUCCCAACACGACUACAUGCAUUAAACAACAAUCCCUCUCCGUUCUCUGUAUUCACCCUGCUCUUCUUGCCAUUCACCAUAUCGUACAAGAUUGCGUGGGCUGUUCUUGCAUUCACAGUGUCUCUCUUCCCAUUCACUGCUCAUCUCCUACCGAAUCGACGAGCUGUAACAUCGUCUUCAUCAACACGUCGUCCAAUAUCAAACGAUACACAGGCAGCUGCAGCUAGAUUCCUCUUGAACUUUGAACAGGCGUACGGAACUGCACAUCCUGAAUUCUUCCAGGGUACUUACUCACAGGCACUGGAACACGCCAAGAAGGAAGCUAAAUGCCUCUUGGCUGUAUUGCAUUCUGAAGAUCAUGAUGAUACUGAGACUUUCUGCAAGACUAUAUUGACUGCUGAUGCAUUCACUGCAUUCAUAGUAGAAAAGCAAGUUAUAUUGUGGGUUGGUGAUGUGCGUGAAGAAGAGGCCUUUCAAGUGAGCCAAGUGCUGGCAACCACUAGGUAUCCAUUCAUGGCACUGAUUGCAUUGCAAGGCUCUCGAAUGAUUGUAGUCGAUAGACUAGAAGGACCAGCAACACUGGAUACCUUACUUGAAAAGCUACAUCGUCUAAUGGCUCGAGUUGAACCUCAACUGGUCGCAAUUCGAGCGGAACGUUCUUCUCGUGAAUCUGCCAGAACGAUUCGACAACAGCAAGAUGAAGCAUAUCAAGCUUCACUACGUGCAGAUGAGGAAAAGGAGAGGCAGGCUGCUCAAGCUGCUGAAAGGGCUAGACGAGAAAAGGAAGAGGAGGAAAGAGCUGAGCAGUUGAGGAUGCAAAAGAUUCAGGAAAAGAAGCAUCGACGAGCGAUGUUAGCUGACAAGUUACCGCCAGAGCCUCCUAUGAAUGAACCUGUUCAAGCUAAAAUCAAUGUUCGAUUACCUAAUGGUGAACGAGUUUUGAGAAGGUUUAGAGGAACCGACAAGAUAGAGGCACUGUUUGCAUUCAUCGGAGCAAAGGACUUGGCACCCAUCCCUCCAGAAGCUGAUUUUGUGCUGGCAUCUACCUAUCCUAGGAGAUUGUAUACCGACGGUCAACAGACAAUUCAGGAAGCUGGACUUGUACCUAAUGCCAGUCUGGUAGUCGAAGAACAGGAAUCAGAUGAUUGA